CUUUCCCUUCCCUGUCGUGCCUGCGCGCGUGACACCUCCGUGCGUCCGUCCGCUUUAAGCGUCAAACGGCGGAUUUCCAUCCACCGCGAACGCUCUCUCCAGGAGCGCACCAAAGCUCUCAACUUCAACCGAAGGACCGUGCACGGCGCGGCCAUGGCUUUCAUGGUGAAACACGUGGUGGGAGGACAGCUGAAGAACCUGACAGGCGGACUGACGGAAGAAAAAUCCGAAGGAGAGAAGUCCGAAGCCGCCGCGCAGGGGAUGACUCAAGAGGAAUUCGAGCAGUAUCAGCAACAGUUAGAGGAGGAAAAACAAGAACGAGAGGCCCACUUCGCCCAGAAGAAAGCCGAGAGAGCUACAGUUAGAACUCAUUUCCGGGAGAAGUACAGGCUGCCAAAGAAUGAGAUGGAUGAGACCCAGAUCCAGCAGGCAGGGGAGGACGUGGUGUUACCCACAGAGCUGGCCAAGAUGAUCGCCGAGGACAACCAGGAGGAAGCGCACAAGCAGUCAGUGCUGGGCCAGUUGUCCAACAUCCAGAAUGUGGACAUCGAUCAGCUGAAAGAUAAAGCCCAGGCUACACUGGAAGACCUCAAAAAGCAGACGGAGAACUGCAGUCUCAUGUGAUCUGGGUGACUUCAUCUCCCUGGAUGACAGUAUCAUUAUACAAAUACUUAUUUAUUUUGAGCAAAAAGUAUUCUGGAGGCAG